AGAAGGAGGAGGAGGAGGAGGAGGAGGAGGGAGGGCGCCGGGCUGCGCUGCGCUGCUAGUCUGGAGCGGAGCCUGGCAGCGGCAGGAGCGGCGGCGGUGGCGGCGGCGCGGGGGUGAGGAGGAGCAGCCGGAGCCUGCUGGACGGAGGCAGCCCCGUCCCCCUCCCCUCCCCCUCGCCUCUUUCUUUGUGCGCAGGGCAGGGGCGGCCCCGAUCCAUGGUCAUGGGCGACAAGAAGAGCCCGACCAGGCCGAAAAGGCAAGCCAAACCUGCAGCCGACGAAGGCUUUUGGGAUUGUAGCGUGUGCACCUUCAGGAACAGCGCCGAAGCCUUCAAAUGCAGCAUCUGCGAUGUCAGGAAAGGCACUUCCACAAGAAAACCUAGAAUAAACUCUCAGUUGGUGGCACAACAAGUUGCCCAGCAAUAUGCAACCCCACCACCGCCUAAAAAGGAGAAGAAGGAGAAAGUGGAAAAACAAGACAAAGAAAAACCUGACAAAGAGAAGGAAAUUAGUCCAAGUGUUACAAAGAAGAACGCUAACAAGAAGACUAAACCAAAGUCAGAUAUUGUGAAAGAUCCUCCUAGUGAAGCGAACAGUAUACAGUCUGGGAAUACUACAACAAAGACCAGCGACUCAAAUCACACUUCAAGACCCAGACUGAAAAACGUGGACAGAAGUACCGCACAGCAGCUGGCAGUCACAGUGGGAAAUGUCACAGUAAUCAUCACAGACUUUAAAGAAAAGACUCGCUCCUCUUCCACAUCGUCUUCUACAGUGACCUCCAGUGCAGGAUCAGAACAACAGAAUCAGAGCAGCUCGGGCUCUGAGAGCACAGACAAGGGCUCGUCCCGCUCCUCCACGCCAAAGGGGGACAUGUCGGCAGUCAACGACGAAUCUUUCUGAAAAUUGCACAUGGAGUUGUGGAAACUAUGAAUCAGGGUAUGAAAUUCAAACACUCCACCUGCCCAUGCUGUUCAAAUCCUGGAGAGCCUCUUCUGUGCUUGAACACACACUUUCUCGGACAUCGACCUCUUACUGAUGCAACCAGGAUAAUUUCUGCUUGCCGUGGGCAUUUGGCCACCAAGGAAUUUCUCACCCUAACGAUUACUCUUGACACUUUUAUGUAUUCCAUUGUUUUAUAUGAUUUUCCUAACAAUCAUUUAUAAUUGGAUGUGCUCCUGAAUCUACUUUUUUAUAAUAUCUGCUGUGCACAAUUUUCCAUGAACAUUACAACUUUUUGUUUUGGGGUAGGGAGUGGGUGGGGAGGGAAGGGGGCUUUAUUUAUUGCAUUCACAAACUCCAUCCUCUUUCAACAUAUCCUUUUUAAGUUCAGUUCUUCUUCCAGUUAUACUGUGUACUAUCAGUUUUGAUAUAAAUUAUAUAUAAAUAUAUAUAUAAAUAAAUAUAUAUAAAGGGUUAUUUGAAACCAAUACAUGGAAACGCUGGUGCUUGAAACACUGUGAAGUGAAAAAAAAAAAAAAAAAAAAAUCGAACAGUUCAAGAUCUGGGACAGUCCCCUUCUGUGAAAGUACUGAAACUGAAAUGGAACUGGUCUUAGGUGAAAAGUGUUCCUGAAGGUUUGAACCUGGAUGGGACCCGUUCUCUCUAUCGUUCCUUCCCCGUUUCUUCCCUAAGCAAUGGCUAAAACAUACUGGACACACGGUUUUGAUUUUUAUAGCUUGGGAUCUGAAAUGAGAAAAGAUUGCUCCAGGUAGCUUGUAUUUCCAGUAGGGUAACUCAGAUCGGUGACGUGCCAGUUCGUGCCCAGCUGGAGCGUAAGCCUUCACAACCAGACUGGUGUUGGCAUGCCACGGAUUCGUGUAUUUUGGUAACAUGAGCAUCGCUAUGUCGUGCAUAGCCAAUCCCACAGACGUUUGGUGUUCUUAGAUUUAAUGAAUUUCAUCCACCUGCAUCGGUGACCGAGGUACCUUUAGAACUGGAGUGGUUUGCUUUUGGGUUGGAAGGCAGCAGGGAGCCGUAGGGCUGGGAGCGAUCGCGGGUUGAGGGAAUAAGCUGGUGCUUGUUCCAGCCGGCGCCACGUGGGUCGGUCGUCAGCCCCCUUCCGUCUGUCCCGUCCGUGCUGUUGGGGUGGCUCUUCUCCUUGAAGUCCAUCCGUAUCCCAGGAGUGGUUUCCGAACAGCACUUUGUCCGGUGAUAACGUCGGGCUUGUCAGUGUUUGGACGCUUCUGGGUCUCCUGCUGUGGGAGCAAAAGUAGGGAAAAGCUUUCCUGCUGGCAAGUGAGCGACGCCCGUGGCUCAUGCUCAUGACCAGCAUCUCCUUCGUUCUUGCUCUAAAGCUAUUCAGACUGUAAUUUCUUUUCCUGGCCUGUUAGUGUUACUUUACAGUUUACCUUCCAUGCAUUAUCCUGCUAAAACACUAGGUUGAAGAGGUAAAACAAAACUUUUUAAAAAAAAAAAACAAACAAAACCCAAACCUCUUCGGCUUUUCAUCUUUAUUUAGUGGCCCCAGGGUGCUUUGCAGUAAUUUCGGGCGCAGAGGCUGUGGCUUCAUUUGACAUCAAAUGCAUAACUUUUGGGCAUGAUGAAAGAGGGCCACAUUUUGACAACUUUGUGCCAGCUUGUUAUAUUGUGAAUUAUUUGCUUAGCAAGAGUAACUUCUCUUUGUGGAGGCAACUGAUUUAAGAUUUCUUUUAAAAUCUGUGUGGUUUUGAGUAGCAGACGUAGGUUCCUUUCACACUGGCGACAAAAAUGUGUAAGGGAUCCAUUGCAACCCCUGCUCGAAGGUACGUGCAGUGGCAGUGCCUUUGCAGCAGUGGUUUUAUUCUGAAUACGUUAACGUGGGCACCCCAACUUAAUUCUGCUUAUAUUCACAGUAUAGGCUGUAUUUACCUUUUUAAGCAUUUUUAAAGUAUUUAUUAAAGAACCAAAGGAAACCAGAUGCUUCCUAUGAGCAUCAAGACAAUUUAUUAUACAUAGUUUUAAAUACUAUGAAUUUCUCAAUCCACAUUUUAACAUUAGUGGGAUAUUGCAAAGACAUUCCUUUUCCAGUUUUUACUAUUCCUUUAAGGGUCUCAGGGAGGGUAAACUGGUCAGCCAUAUUUAUUUAUUUUACUGAAAUGUAUUGGAAUAAUUUUUUAAGAGAGAUUUUUUGAAGAUGCCCCUGAACUUGUAUAUUUUGCACUGCUUUAUAAAUGAUCCAUUAUCAAUUAGGCUUGCGUGCAUCUCGGCCGUGAUCCAGCGAAGAAUGUGAGCGAGGUGCGAGUCCCUCUGGCUUCAGUGGGGCUAAUUCUGGUGCUUCAAGUCAAACCGUGCGCUUGCCUUCUUCGUUGAAUCUGGGAAUUUGUGCAAAAAAAAAAAAAAAAAAAAAAAAAAAAAAAAAAAAGCAUUGUGUGUACCAGGAAAUUGCUUCUUUUUCAAGUGAAAAUGGACCUGUAGAUCAGUUGAAAAAGCUUUAACGCUGUGACCAGCUACUCAUGGCUACUGGUAAAGUCGGUAACAUCUGUCUCUGGCCGUGCCUCCUUGAUAAAGUAGCUUGCUAUAAAUAAGUGGGAAAAUUUCUUUGGAACAAGCGACCUGUAAUUCUGCAUUCAGUAGAAAUUGCUAGCUAAGCAUUGAACCUCCCCAGCCUCAUCCGUAGCUGUUGUGUUGUGGAUUUGAAGGAUAGCGUUUGCUUUUACACUUAAUUUCUGAAGUUGGCAUCCCCGCGGCAUGUGUCCACGGGUGGGAUUCCCUUCGCACUGUGUCCGUGGGUUAUCCCGCUGUUGGUGGGGAGCGUGUUUAAGAACCAAACCAACCAAAACACUAGUGUAGGGGAAGGACCAGAUUCGUGGUGUUCAGUGGCACAGAAAGCAGGUAAGUAAAGCACAGUGUUACGUUUGCGAAGUUUCAACUCUUACACAGACACACACACACACAGACACCAACACAGCUUGCCUGACUUGCUCAGUUUGAUGUAGUUCUGCAAAGGAAAAAUGACAGCAUUUUAUACCACCAGGCUAUUUAUUUUAAUUGGAACACUUUGCUUGUUUCAAAUUGGACAGAUUGAAAAUUUGGCAGCAGCUUCCGUGAGUUUAUUUCCACUGAGAUGUUUUCACCUGCCUUACCAAGAUCAUUCUCAGUCUACUUUUUUAAGCUCUACCAUAAACUUAAAUUAUUGAAAAUUUAUUAAUUGCUGACUAUAUAAUAACCUUUGCUUGUAUGUAACCGAAUGGUUUUAAGAGCCAACAUUUAGAGUAUGACAAUGGAGCUGAACAGUUUUUAAUGCGCAAGCAGUUCUGUUCUUGUGUAUGACUUGUAACCUUAAUUUACUGUGUAAAGAUGGUUACAUUAUUUCCUUAGCUUUGUUUGUUGGAGACAAAUAUAGAAUGCUUGUUUAAGUAUGUCAAAACAUAAUCUUAUCUUGUGGAUUUUUAUGUUAAUGUAUUAUACGAGCUAUAUUUUUCAUUUGCCCAGAAAGACAGCUUGUAUAACGCUUUUGAAAGUUUUUCCGCUCUGUAAAGUCUUUAGAGCUGACAGUCCUGUUAGGUUUGUUUUAAUCUUCAUGCUAAAGUGUCAAUGGUGGUUUUGUGAACUGGUCAGAAAUUCACAGGUCUUAAAUGUUUUUGGGAAAUUUAUAUUGGACACUGCUCUUUGUCUAGCAAAUAAAAGAUGUUAAUAUAUUCCUGUUACUGGCAUGUGCACGACUGUUAUUAGAAGCCACUUUAUCAUUUUCCUGCUUUAAAUAGAAAUGUCUAUUUAUGAAUUCUGCUUGUAGUUUUUUCACAAAUAAAAUAGUAAAAUUUAA